UCAUAAGGGCAUCCUGCAUAUGCUAGGUUAAUAUUUACUGAUGUGUUAAUGUAAUAAUGACCCAUCUGCCUCUGCUCCUCUCUGGGGCACUUUCUAUCUAUAGGGAUGGAAAUUAAUGACAGUCUCUCUGUGCUGCCUGAUGUCAGAGCUGAGAAAGGUGUGAAGGGUAUAUAAGAGCUGUAUUACUUGCCAGGCAGGAGGGGGGGGGGAAAGGGAUACUCCAGAGCCAGAUGCAAGCGUGGAAUUGUUGCUGCUAAUACAGACGUGUACUGAACUUCAUCAGUUCAUUCUUUGACCACUAAAGAAACCUUAGGAAGGAAAGAUGUGCAACCUAAAACUGCCAGUUGUCUUCAUUAUACUCUCAGUUACUUUAAGUUACCUGGAAGCUACACCUAUAGAAAGACUAUUGUCUGUGGCUGAUGACCUAUCUGAUGGGACUUCCAACAGACAAGGAUGGAUAUUGCCGGUCAUGUCAAGGAACGCACUCUUGGGAUUUAGUGAGGGAAUGCCAAAACAGGCAGGAAAGCUAAAAAGUCACCGCUUAGAGAAACGGAAAUGCAACACUGCUACAUGUGUGACGCAACGCUUGGCUGACUUUUUAGUUCGUUCUAGCAACCACAUCGGAGCAAUUUAUUCACCUACCAACGUGGGAUCCAAUACAUAUGGCAAGAGGGAUAGAGUUGGGCUUUUAAACAGAGAACCCCUAAGCUAUCUACAGCUUUAGUGCACUUAAUAUGAACUACUGCUGUAAAUUUCAUUAGGAAUUCCUCCCCAGUUUUUAUGUAACCUUUUAGUCAUUUACUACCUGUACAUUCUUAACAGUGCCUUGUUUUCUUUGUGUGUGUGUGUGUUUGUAUGUACAUGACUCACGUUUAUCAUUUUACUAUGCAUGUAUGCUGACAUGCAUAAUCUAUGGUUUUGAUUUCACAAAGAAUUUGUGAAAUCUGCUUGUGAAGUUCCUUUGUAAAAAGAAAAUAAAUCAAAAAAAUAAACUGAACUGUAAUUGCUACAGGUUUAUUUAAUUAAAAAAAGAUUUAAAAGACAACUAUUAUGUGUAUAUAUCUAUAGUCCCAAGUGGGCAAGGGGGAAAAUGAAAUCUGUGUAAAGCAGCCACGUUAGUCCACUCAAGAAACUGAGAAAUAUCAGCUAUCAAAUGGAAGGCCAUUGUAAGUGAAACAGAAUUGUACUCUAGAUGAGUUUAUAAUCACUUUGGCUCAAUGCAGGAAUUGCUGACCUAAAUGUCAGCAAUGUAGCUAAUGUCAGCUAAUGUAGGCCUAUGGCCUACAUUAUGGAGGAAAUUAAACUACUUGAUUUUAAUAGCCGCUUCUUACCUUAAGAAUUAAUCUAAGGAUGGUCUCUCUUUCAGGUUUUGCUAAAUGUUGCAGCAUGUUAUUUUUAAGACUUCAGCAUUCUUAUUUUAAAAGUUUAACGCAUGUGACUAAACACCAAGAUAAAUUCUAUAAAUAAUAAAUCUCAACAGAAGCAAAUACAGCUAAUCAAAUGACAGUAACUUCUUCCUUUUCUCGAAAACAGGUCCUGCAAAGGUCCUUGCCUGCUCCCUUCUCUGAAGUGGAAGAAUAAGAUGAUUAAAAGUCUGAUACCUUUGAAACCUGUUUAUGAUGCAGUUAAUUUUUUUUCUUAAUAUACAUGAGCAUAAAACAAAUCUUUAAAAUCUAACAAUAUGUCAAAACUGUAUUCACAGGUGGCUCAACUGGCUAGCUUAAGAACCAGUUGCAAUCUAGUCACAACUUCAGGGUUCAGUUCAGUCUGGGCUGGAAAACCUGUAGGGUCAGUUCUCCCAUAUUGAGCUCCAUGCCAUCGUAACUUAACUACUGCAGAAGAUCACCUCAACCAGAAUGCAAGCCAGUUUGAACUUUCCAUCAUAUUCUCAGUUAAAACCUCAAUAACAUCAGAUGAAAGCUCAACUAAAAUCAUUACUAUCUUUUUAAUUCUUUCUGAUUAUGAAAACUGUUUAGCGGAACUUGUGUUGAACAUUCAUCUCUUUCACUGAAAAGAGCCAUUACUGAAAAAUGGAAUUAAACCUUUACAUUUGCAUUUGGCUGAUUUGAGUCCUUAAAUUUCCUUUAAAAAGUGUGCCUUAGAUCACAAACUCUUUUUCAGUUUUAACUUUUACUUUUAAAUUGUGUAUUGCCUUCUUUUUAUGAACUAUAUUGAAGUGCAUUAAAUAAAAACUAAAGCAGUGUGAAAAUG